AUGCUGUUCUGCCCGACAUGCGCUAAUAUGCUCGGUACAAUAAAUGGGCAUUGCAAUUCGUGUCCAUACGAAUUUCCGAUCUCGAAGCAAAUGACUUCCCGCUCGCGUAUGAAGCGCAAGGAAGUAGACGAUGUACUCGGAGGAGAGGAGACGUGGCGAGAUGCCGAUUCUACCGCGAUCACUUGUGACAAGUGCAGUCAUCCCCGCGCAUAUUUCUAUCAGUUGCAGAUCCGAUCUGCAGAUGAGCCCAUGACAACAUGUAUAUGCGCCGGGUGUGCCUAUCAAUGGCGCGAAAAUUAA